AUGUCAUCGCGCCUGCCCGCUGCUGCUUCUUAUAGUGUCUCCUCCGCUUCCUUUACUUCCGGGCUCAAAUGCCCGGCUCGGUCGCUUUUCUCCCUCCCUGUUGCUGCUUCGCACUGUCAUCCCUCCCCCCUCGGCUCGGAUGCCUCUCGUCCUCUUGCAAUUUCCCCCGAGGAUUCCUCCGUGACCGAUCUGGCCGACAGCCUGGUCGCUGCAGCUCCUCCCACCUCUGCUGUCCCGAUUGGGAAUCUGGUCACACUACCCCCGUCCACCACUUCUACUCCCGGUGAUCAGUCCGGGUUAGUGGUGCUCCCCUCGUCGCGUUCCAUUUCUUCCGAUCUUGAAGCUUCCCCCAGCAUCGUGCAGCAGAUGAUUCGCUCCACCAGGGUUGCCAUUGUCACCCUCGCCUCAUUGAUCGCCUAUGUCUUGAUUAACAGCGCCGCGCGCGCCGUAAAUCCGUCGGCUUUCAUCUGGUAUGCUGAGGAUCAUGACGAGCAGAGCUGGAUUGCCUCCUCGCCGUCCUGGCUGGAUCGCAAGGCCUGUCGGUGGCUCGGCAUGUGCGGGACCGCCCACUUCCGCCUAGUGCGGGCCCGCUACGGCCAGCGCGAGCCCACUCUGGGACCCUGGUCGCCUGAUGACGAGGCCCACUACGCCGCCUGGCGCGAUGCGCAAUUCAACGACUCCCAGCAGCCCGCAUGGGAUGAAGCCGAACGCUCGCGUCGGCAGAUUCCCGAGUAUGUCUUCCAAUAUGCGCCGUUGGUUUACUUGUCCUCGCAUGAACAGUUUUGGCCGGGCGACAUUGCCGAACAUCUUUACCACGUCACCCCGAUGCUGAACUACACCCCCAUUCAGUCGGACGAGGAGCAUCCGACCCUGCAGGACCUCGAUCAGCUGAACGAGUGGCAAGAAGGUGAGUUCGUGUACUUGACUAGCAACGACAAUGUAGAAGAUCGCCCGCCAUGGAUCGAGGGCGAGAAGAAUAUUCCCGAAGAUCCCGAUGACGAUCUUGAGCUGUCUUGGCCUGACUGGGACGGCCGGAUAGACGGGCCUAUUCCUGGGGACACGCCAGAGGAACGCUCCCAGUGGUAUGACACAGGCCGUCUCUCAUCAUCGAAGGGAGAGGAUGACAGUUGGUCUCCGGAAGAUCUGGGGUAUCUCCGCCCGGAAGACCUCGCUGACGAGGACGUCCGAACCGAGUUGCGCAAACGGUUCGGCGGCGAGCCUAUUCACGUCGAAAAGACUGGCGGGCGCAGUAACGCGCCGGCAAUUCUGCUGGUGAUGGACAAAGGCCACGGCGUCGUAGAUGCGUUCUGGUUUUAUUUCUACAGCUUCAAUCUGGGCAACGUAGUGCUGAACGUGCGGUUCGGGAACCACGUGGGUGACUGGGAGCACUGUCUGGUGCGAUUUCACGACGGCAAGCCCAAGGCGCUUUUCUUCAGCGCGCACUCGGCGGGAGAAGCGUACAGUUACGAAGCCGUUGAAAAGAUCGGCCAGCGGCCCGUGAUUUACUCCGCCAUGGGCACCCAUGCCAUGUAUGCCACCCCAGGCAUCCAUGCCUACAUCCUGCCCUGGGGCUUGUUGCACGACCAAACCGACCGCGGGCCCCUGUGGGACCCUCUUCUGAAUGCCCACGCCUAUACGUACGAUUAUGAUAGUGAUAAUCUUCGUGCAUCCACUGCCACGCCAAGUGCCCCUAUCGAGUGGUUCUACUUCAACGGCCAUUGGGGCGACAAGUUCUAUCCGCUAGGCGACCAGCGACAGUAUCGAUUCGCCGUGGGACCGCGGUUCAAGCACCUCAACCGCCACAAGGUCUGUCAGCAGCGGGACGAGGAAGUCUGCGUCAUCAAGAACUAUAUCGGAGAAGAAAAGCGGGCUAAACGCUGGGCGGUUUUGGACACGGACCAGGAGCCGUUUGAUGGCGUUCUGGUAGUUUGCAUUUAA